ACGCCUUACUGAUUGUAUGUAUUUUUAAAAAAUACAGUUGCAUUCAUUGCUAAAUGAGAGCAACAUACCAGUAACAAGACAUGUGGAUAUCAUGGCAGUGGUUUUGCAUCCUUGUAGGUGCAUGGAUCCUCGUCGUCUCAGACGCAGUACCGUACAGGACACGUCAAGAUUUAGAGAUCCCUUCCGAGGAGUUAAAGAGUGAAAGCAUUGAGAAUCAAGGAGGAAAAAAUGACAACUCUAAUUCGCAAGAGUCUGAGGAAGCGAAAACGAGAAAACAAAAGGACGAAACCAUUGAUAUUUCAGAAGAAGAUGUAGAUAACAAUUACGUCGAUUUUAUUGGGAAUAUUUUGUCUAGUGAAAAAUACCUUACGUCAUUAGAAGACAACCAAGACUACUACGUGGCUGGGCCAAUUAAAAACGAUAUUGUUUACGACGAUGACACAGCAUCUGCUGAAAAACAAGCAGCAGAAAUACCGGACGACAGUAACAAUGACGAAAAUAACAAUCAACGGCAAGACAAAUUUGGAAAACAAAUAAAAGGCCGUGGAUUUUUUGGGGAUAUGUUCACGUCGGUAAAGAAUGCAGCCAAAUCUGCCCUGUCCUUUUUCACUGGGGGGAGCAGUGGUCCUGCGGAGCCUCUACCGGAAGAGACAAAUUCGUCACAGUAUAAUACCUCGGGACCACUGUUUUUUACUGGGAGCCAGCUUAUGAAAAUGCGUAAAGACAAGAGACCAAUCUGGGAACGGUUGAAGGAUGGCCCGGUAUCUGGUGUGACCGUUAAUGGCCAAACAUUUACAUUCACACGUGGUUCAGACUACGUUCCUCCGAAAGAACAGAGUUAUUUUGGUGGAACCUAUCGCUAUUCUUCUGGGGUGUCCAACGGGUUUGGAAUGCCGCUGGCUCGAGUAGAUGACGACACACCCACCACGGUGUCUACAUCAGAAGAUGGUUCAAACGGCACAAGUACUGAUGCAAACAAUGACGAUGACUCGUCAACCACAGCACCAACAACUGAAAGCACAGACGAUGCUGAUACGGCAACUACAGAAAGUUCCGAUGACGAGUCAACCACGAGUGGUGAUAGUGCCGGAUGCACAUGGUUGUGUAACUCUGAAGAUUCUGGAACAACAGAAAAGGCUAAUGAAGAAACUACUGAAACCAAUACAGAAGUUGAAGUCACAUCCGAAGCUGCUGGUGGAGAAGAUGGGACGACAGAGUCACCAGAUUCGACCACAGAAGCCUCUCCAGAAGAGGACACGACUACAGAAGCACCUAUAGAAUAAAUCCAAGUUUUAUGUAUUUAUGUAUAAAUUAAUUUAACCUUCCGCUCAAAAUACAUGAACGCUGAGCUUACAAAUUUCUGCUUCGUUUGUAAAUAUUUCACGAAGAACGCGAAUAAUAAAGAUUUAUACUACAAACUACAUACAUUUAUCCGACAAUAGCAGACAAUAGCAUUAGAUACCGAUAUAUGACCCACUAACUUUGACUUUGUAUUUGUUACUUGCCAAUUAUA